AUGGCAGAAGCGAUCACCAUCCCUUCCCCGUCCGUGUUCCUCAGCUCCCCAGUGGAGGCCGCGCCUCAGAAACACCACCAUCGCGACGACGCCAACCCGCCGCAGAGCUCUCCCAAACAGCGCCGCCCCUCCAAGACGCCUAGGGCGAAGCAACCAGACGGCGACGCGCCGCAAAAUCCGUCGACCACCCAAGCCGGCAUCACCAAGCGCAAGCAGUCGAAGAGCAGGAAUGGCUGCAUCACCUGCAAGGCCAAACGGCUGAAGUGCGACGAGACGAAACCCACCUGCCAACAGUGCGCCCGCCGUAGCGUGACGUGCGGCGGCUACAAAAAGGACUUCAAAUGGCGCCCCUUCGAGGAGGCCAACUUCACCGGCUCGAAGCCGCAGCCUGCAAAACAACAAACACCCCCGCUCGCUGACCAGGCGCGCCCAGCGCCAGCGAACCGCACCCCGCCAGCCCAGGAGCGCCCGCCGGCCGCUCCCGCACUCACCACCAGCCCCAACGAUGUCCAGUUUCCCGCAUCAUCAUCUUUCCCUGCAGUUUCGAUGCCGCCCGCCUUCAUGGACGUGCCGACCUCCUUCUUCCCCGCCCCGCCGCCCUCGCCCUUCCUGCUUCCCCCGGACGGCAUGCCCAUGCCCGACCCAUUUGAGCCAAAUGGGUCGACCGCAAGCACAGCGAGUAUGUUCAACGAUGCAGAGACCGUAGACACGAUGCAGUCGGCGACUACGGCACCAUCCAGUCUGUCAUCAGGACGGUCUCCACGCCUUGUGGACCUGCUCUUACCAGGGACAGAUUUGCACGCGCCCUCGCCCGAGUACCUCAGCUGGCGAGCGCAGUAUCCCGACUCGCUCUACCAGCCCACCAGCUUCGACCCGCCCCCUCCCGACCCCAUGGAUGAGGACGACGUUGAAGAAGUUUCCCGCCAGCCCAUCGUGAACCCGGACCAUGAAGCCUGGGUUAUGCGAUUGCCGUCGCCAGUUCCCUCCGACUCUUCCAGCUCAUCGGGAGGCGCGACACCUCGCUCGGACCCGUUCAACAUGCUGCUCCGUGAGCCAAGCUUGGCCAUGGACAGCCCGGAGCUCAUGACGUGGCGUUUCGAUCAGCAAACCUGCGGUAUCCUCUCGGUAAAGGACGGCCCGACCGAGAACCCCUGGCGGACUCUGAUAUGGCCACUUGCCAAAGAUUCUCCUGCCCUGUAUCAUGCCAUUGCAGCCAUGACCAAUUUCCACACGUCCAAGCACGAACCGCAGCUCAGGGUCCAAGGCAUCGAGCACAUGCGCACGAGCAUCGAAUCCCUGGCCACCGGUAUCCAGAACAUGCGUGUCGACACCGCGAUUGCCACCACCCUUGCUCUUGCAUUUUCUGAGUCGUGGGAUCAGCACACGUCAACCGGCAUUGACCACAUCAAGGGUGCGAAGAUCCUUGUUCAUCAGGCUCUCAUCAGGCAUCAGCGGUCGCCGGUUCACGGAGACGAGCUCGCCAGGUUGAAGUUCCUCUGCAACACCUGGGUGUACAUGGAUGUGAUAGCUCGACUGACGUCCGUGGAUGAGGACGAGUCGAAUGAUUUCGAUGCCGUUGCGUCAAUGUUUUCAGGACCUUUCGAGUACGAGGCUCAGCUGGAUCCAUUGAUGGGGUGCGCCACAACGCUUUUCCCCAUUGUAGGUCAUGUGGCAAAUCUGGUUCGCCGGGUUCGCCGAAGCGAGAGCAAUUCGCCGGCCGUCAUUUCGCAGGCCAUGGAGCUCAAGACGCAGCUGGAAGAUUGGGUCCCGCAAGCCUUCUUCGAAGUGCCCGAAGACCCCACCUCCCAGAUCCAGCACAGCCUCCAGACAGCCGAGGCCUACCGGUGGGCAACGCUGCUGUAUCUCCAUCAGGCAGUUCCCGAGAUUCCGUCUCUUUCUUCAGCCGAGCUCGCAAAGAAAGUUCUCAUCUAUCUUGCGACGGUUCCAUUAAGCUCUCGCGCCGUUAUCGUCCACAUCUACCCGCUGAUGGCUGCGGGCUGUGAAGCAGCUACAGGGGAGGACCGCGAAUGGGUGCGUCAGCGAUGGGAGGCGAUGAGCAGUCGCAUGGUGAUCGGCAUCAUCGAUCGCUGCCUUGACAUCACGAAAGAGGUGUGGACACGACGCGACGUGUACGCUGCGAGGAUCCGACCGAAAAUCAAGGUUGCAACGAAGAGCAGCAAUCCUCACAAGCGGGGAGCAAGCCCGAACGACGAGAUGGCCGACGAGCCGGUGCGAUGGAACGAAAACUACGUCGGCGCAAACAAAAGGCGUGCAACCAUCGGCCCGUUCGACAUGCCAGCUGCAGCCAGUUUCCUGGAGCAAAGGCGGGGCUCAACUGAUUUCGGCACCGGUGUCGUCGACCGCGAGUUCACUGUACGAGUUCUUCUUGGCUGA